UCCUAAGUUUUCUUCAGUCUCGCUCAAUGUUUGGAAAAGGGACGUGUUCACUGGAAUUAUUUUGUUCACUUUUUUCCAAAUUUCCUCUGCACCCUGAGCAAGUUGUGACAGUGAAAUGACAACUCUUGGACAGCCUUCAGUCUACUUACUGCUGAUGUUGCAAGUGUGUCUUUCUGGCCAGUUGGAUGACAAUAAGAUUCCAGCCAGUCUGUGUGUAGGACAGCCUGGUAUCCCGGGAUCCCCAGGGGUCCACGGAAGUCCAGGUCAGCCAGGACGAGAUGGGCGGGACGGAAGGGAUGCUGCACCUGGAGAGAAGGGAGAAAAAGGCGACAGGGGUGGCACAGGUGAGACAGGACAGCGUGGCCUGACAGGGGAUAGGGGCGACCCAGGGGAGAAGGGAGAGAGGGGCCAGCCUGGAGAAUGUGCUGUUGCCCCCAAAUCUGCGUUCAGUGCCAAACUGUCAGAAGGCCUCACUCUGCCGCUCAGCGUGGGAGACACUGUGCGUUUUGAUAAGAUUACCCUCAAUGAGCAGAACGAUUAUAAUGCAGAGACAGGACGCUUCACCUGUAAAGUUCCUGGAGUCUACUACUUUGCGGUCCAUGCCACAGUGUACCGCUCCAGCCUGCAGUUUGACUUGAUGAAGAAUGGACAUGCCGUGGCCUCUUACUUUCAGUUUUAUGGGAACUGGCCCAAACCUGUAUCUCUGUCUGGUGGGUCCCUGCUGCACCUUGUGCCAGGAGACCAGGUCUGGGUUCAGAUGGCCCUGGGAGAGUACAAUGGCUUCUACACCAGCUCCAAGACUGACAGCACCUUCAGCGGAUUCCUGAUCUACUCAGACUGGAAACACUCGGCAGUCUUUGCAUGAUGUGUCCUUUGAAAGGGAAACAAAAACAAAAGAUACAAUGUUAUAGUGACUUAGAGUAUGAGUUACAGUCUUCUUUGAUACCUUUCUUGAAAUUAUAUUGUGGUAUGCCUCAGGUUCAUUAUUUCCUUUUACUUUAAA